CAAAAAGCGCACGCUCUCUCCUUUUUCCUCACACACAAGUUGCUGUUCUUUGCAGAGUUGAGCGAAAGCGUUGUAAUAUAGCGGAGAUAUGUGUCGGUUUCUUAUAUUUAAAGGUCGUGAUCCUAUUCUGCUGGCGCAUCUUCUGACGAGGCCGGAGCAUUCUAUUAUCAAUCAAUCUUAUGACUCGAGACUGCGUAUAGACAAGAGACGGCCUAUCAACGGAGAUGGUUUUGGAGUAGGUUACUACACGACCGAGUCUGAUCCCGAGCUCGGUGACGCUCCCUGCAUUUUCUGCGCCACGACGCCAGCGUGGAACAAUAUGAACCUCGCUCGUCUGGCCGAGAAGACAAAGUCGAGCAUGGUUUUUGCCCACGUGCGGGCGUCGACGUCUGGUGUCUUGUCGGAAACGAACUGCCAUCCGUUUUCGUACCAUUCGCUUAUGUUUAUGCACAACGGGCAGAUCACGAAUUUCAGCCGUAUAAAGAGGAGGUUCGUGCAGCAUAUGAAGGAUGAGUAUUUUACGCAUAUCCAGGGUGGAACGGACUCUGAGUGGGCGUUUGCUUUGUUUUUGGAUACGUUGUCGAAGCUCGGCGUGGAUCCGGCGAGAAAGACCGAGGGAACAGACGGGUUUGGCCACGAGGUGAUUAGACAUGCUAUGGAGACCACGAUUGGGUACAUCAGAGAAUGGACAAAGGAGUGCAGUACGGGCGGCGACGAGCCAUCGCUGCUGAACUUUGCAGUCACGGAUGGACAUUCGGUGGUUGUUACGCGCUACAUCACGUCGCGAACCGAGGAGGCCGCGAGCUUGCAUUUCUCGACGGGGUCGAAGUUUAUUGAGUACAAGCCCGGGCAGUAUCGUAUGGAGCGACGAGAUCGUCGACAGGAUGUGAUUUUGGUUGCCUCUGAGCCAUUGACGUUUGAACGAAGUGACUGGGUGACGGUGCCGACCAACACGAUCCUCACGAUCAACAACCAAACAGUACUCCUGCACCCGAUCAUUGACGAGUUCUACCAGACGGACCCGUCGAUCUCGCGAAGCAGCGACUUUGCAGCCAGCCGCGGGUUGGUGUCGCCGAUUGUGGAGCCCCAGGCGCAUACGAACGUGCAUCUGCCACCGUUAGAGCGGGAGGGCCGACGCCGGCUGAGCGUUACUGCUUAGAGAUGUGUUGUUGUAUAUAGGUGUUUAAUGAGAGCAGGCGUUUGGGCAUACGAAUUAGUGAGAUGUAGUAUGUAAGCCGGGGACGAGGUCUUGGGCCGGCGGGUUGGCCGGCGGCGAGGAAAGUAUAAAGAGCGAUAAGAGCUUAUCGAGCGCAGAGCAGAGCAGGUUGCCACACCGCGCGGGUCUCUACGAAGCAGCACUUCGCUGAGCAGCUCUUUAGAGAGAACCAGCAGCAACAGCAGAAGCAGAGUGAGGAUGUGGCGUCCGAGUCAUCAGGACGAAGUCUGCGAGGAAGUCGGUUGUUUGGUGGAGUGAAUUUAGGGUUUUCUUUAUCUUCUGACUCGCGGAGGUCCCGACGCUGAUAUCGCGAUAAACUCGCCUCGCUGCUCGUUGGUCGACCUCGAUUCUUCUCU